GAUCGUGUGCAGCCAAUGAAGAACUAGCCAGAAAGAUUCCAGGGAGGGUGAUGAGUCUCCGCUCACCAGUUGGACUAUAAGAGAAGAACAGGACGGGACGGCAAACUUGAUAAGAGGCUACACACGCAAAUGAAGAGAGGGCAAGGAGGCCCAAAUAAAUCUCGUAUGCGUAUUUGCUCAGGUGCUUUUCAGGAGAAGGUGUGUUUGGGCUCGCAUCGCACAUAUGCAUGGUGGAUCGACAAGGAGCUUCUGCGCAAGUGCACGUCGCCUGAUCCUCAGCCAGAACCAAUCAUUCGCAUGAAGUCUGGUGCACACAGGCUCCAGUCAUCUAAAAAAACAACCAAAAAAUAAAUACAGAAGCUGCAGGACAAACAGCACACCAGAAUGAAGCCGCUUCAGAAGAAUCAGGGACGCACUGACCAGAUGUUGGGAGCCAUAGCUGACAUGCUCACUUCAGUGGCACUGCCCAAUCAACAGUGGCUCGUGGAGGACGUUGAGGCGGACCUCCCAUCAAGCCAAGAGGAAAGGGGGCCAGUCCAAGGCCAUUGGAGGACCCAGGGACUGGACUGGGAGCGGCCCAGAGAAGGAACAGACUCGUACUCGGCAGCUGGCAGCGAGGGUAGCAUCUCUACCUCUGUGGCAUCUCUGCCUCCGCUGGCUUCAAGCGGCUCGGCUCCCGGCUCUCCCGGCUCCAAGCGUUCUGUUAGCACCCUGAAGGAAUGGCUGACGAACCCCGUUCGCAAGCUCAGUGCCAAAGGGGAGCAUCAGAUUCACAAACUGGAGGGAAAGCCUCCUCCUCUUCCGUCCCACAGUCAGAGCCAGGAUCUCGGCAGCUCCCUGAGGCCUGAUGAGUCGCUCACUAUCCUGCCUGUCACGCAUACACACCUGCAGGAGUGGAAAGACGGCCUGGCUAGCCCUGAGGAUCUGUCGCCAGGGACACUCCAGUCUCCCGGUUACAUGACCGAUUCGAUGAUUGGCUGCACGUCUCUGCCUCACACGCAGGACACCCUGGACACUCAGUCUACCUCUGUUGUACCAGAUGACAGCGGCUCCAUCCUGAUGGACGACACCUCCAGUCAAUGGUCUUCAGCAGCUGAAACCGAAGACGAACGGAGGAGCGCCCUAGAGAAAAGCUUGUACGUACUGAGGGAGCUUAUUGAAACGGAGAAGCAUUAUGUAGCAGACCUGGGCCUUAUAGUGGAGGGCUACAUGGCCACAAUGACCUCUAAAGGUGUACCGGAGGACAUGAGGGGAAAAGACAAGAUUGUUUUUGGGAACAUUCACCAAAUAUUUGACUGGCAUAAAGACUACUUCCUGGGAGAGCUGGAGAAGUGUGUGGCAGAGCCAGAACGACUGGGUCAGCUUUUCAUUAAACACGAGAGGCGUCUGCAUAUGUACGUGGUGUACUGUCAGAACAAACCGAGGUCAGAGCACAUUGUCUCCGAGUACAUCGAAACCUACUUUGAGGAGUUACGUCAUCAGCUGGGUCACAGGCUGCAGCUCAAUGACCUGCUCAUCAAACCCGUGCAGAGAAUCAUGAAGUACCAGCUGCUGCUCAAGGACUUCCUGAAGUAUUACACCAAAGCUGGGAUGGACACUGAGGAAUUAGAGAAAGCAGUUGAAGUGAUGUGCUUUGUGCCAAAACGUUGCAACGACAUGAUGAAUGUGGGCCGACUCCAAGGCUUUGAGGGGAAGAUCACAGCUCAGGGGAAGCUGCUCCAGCAGGACACCUUCACCGUUACUGAGCAGGACAGUGGCUUCCUGUCCCGAGCCAAGGAAAGAAGGGUCUUCCUGUUUGAGCAGCUGGUCAUCUUCAGUGAGCCGAUCGACAGGAAGAAGGGCUUUUCGCUCCCUGGGUACAUCUUUAAAAGCAGUAUCAAGGUGAGCUGCUUGGGGGUGGAGCCCGCCGUUGAAGGUGAUGACGCACGUUUUGUGUUGACAUCACGUAAUCCUGAUGGGAGCGUGCUGCGCUUCCAGUUGCUAGCCUCCUCCCCGGAGACCUGCAGAGCCUGGGUCAACGACGUGAUUCAGAUCUUGGAGACGCAACGCAACUUCCUUAACGCCUUACAGUCACCUAUUGAAUACCAGCGGCGAGAAAGCAAGUCCAAUAGUUUGGGUCGCUGCAUGAGACCCCCCAUGUCCACUGCCAGUGCCCUGAGACCCCACUCCUCAGCGUCCAUUGACCGCCACAGGCUGCCCUCCCUUCAUUCUCAUAACAUGUCCCUGCCUGCCCUUCAUCUGCCCAGUCAGGGUCUGGCUCGAGGACCCAGUGAGACCUGCUUACUGCAAGAUCCUGUCCUGGUGCGGCCGUGCCCUGCUGACUCCAUUUCCCCAUCGCACGUUCAGCUGAGCUUGUCUGAUUCGCCCAGCUGUCCCGCCGUUUCAAAUGGGCUCUACACACCAUCCACACAAACGACACAGAGAGCAGGCGACGGCUGCCGCAGUAGUCAAGCGACGGAUUGUGGAAGCCAGGCUCCAUUUUCGGGUCCCUCGGCUGGACGAAGGCCAAGCAACUUGGCCCAGCUGGCUGAAGAUGACCUUUGAACUCUUAGAGGCUUUCUGUUGCGUGAGCCUGAGGGACAGCAGGAAGAUGACAGAACACAUUCAUGUCUGUUUCUCCAGAACUGACACAUCUUGAAGGAACCUUUGAAGGAAUUUUAAGCAGCACCUGUAAAUGACGCUUCGCUUUUUAAAGAUCCAAAGCUUGGAUGAGUUGUAGCCGCUUUGUGUGCACCUGAACACAAAUCAGCCUGCAGGAUGUUGCCGGGCACUCGAAGGAAGGUCAAUCAGCGUUGUGACAAUGACUACUUUUGACUUUUUUGAGGGUUUGUAGAAGGGGUUUGAUGAUCACACGUUCAUUCCUAAUUGGGGAGGUCACUGGAUUGUCCCUUUCAGUCCAUAUGCACCAACACUGAAAUUAGUUUUUUGUUUUGUUUUGGGUUGAAUUUACUCCAUUUAAUUUCUUCAAGAUGAUCACAUGAAAUAAAGUAAUCUGGAUCCAGAUACAUUUUUAAGUCAUCCAGAUGAUUUUAUUUUGUGCAGGCACUUGACAAAAAAAAAAUCUGUGAAUGUAUUGCCUUUUUGUUUUUUUGUUUUUUGUUUUUUUGUCCGUGCAUGAGAGUGUAAAAGGAUGUGUAUGGGCUCUCGCUGUACUCUCCAGUAAUACGACACAUGUACAGUUUUACAUCUGGCGCUUGCUCUAUGGGAAACACUUUUAUUGUGAACGUUACACUAAAUUCAGGAGUAUGUGAGAAAAGGACUUUGCUCUAUGCUUUAUGCUUACAGCUCUCGCCGGGGGCACGUGCCUAUUUUGCUUUUCCGAUAUUUUUAAGUACAAACAAAAGGGGGGGGGGGGGGCUAAGAAAAAAUAGACAAGAUUCCGCAGCAGAAGGCCAACUAUGAACUGUGACGAGCACGGAGCAUCUGCACGUGGUUUUCAAUGUGCUUUUGCAGGACCGAAAGAAACCUCUGGAGGGCGCCAAGCUUCGGACAUUGUUGCAGAAACAAGGAUGUGUGUCCAUUUGUUCGCCAUAAAAUUCUCUGGUUGUAUCUUUAUAUUUUACGGUGUUGUUUUUGUUGUUUAUUGUUGUUGUUUUUUAAAUAAUUGUUUUAAACUUCCUUCCAACGCAGAGAAGUGACUUUUCAUUUCAGAGGACAGAUACAUGACUGUGAUGUCCAAGAAUUAAAAACCUGUAAUCAGUGAA